CCUAGUUAAUUAGACAGACCUUUUUGAUUACUGGAUUGAAAUUUUCACGUGAGCUGGUAAUCUUGUUUACCUGAGUUUAUAUACAGUAAAAUGGUACAUUUUGUCUAUGCAUGAUAAAGGAUUUACUAAAAUUUUAUUUAUUUGAUUUCCCAGAAACCAAAGCUUCCUCUAUCUUCAGGCACGGAUGGUGAUAUUGUACAAACAGUUCCUCAACCACCUUCACAUAGCCCAGUACAGAAGCCCAGUAUAACACGUGCACGCUUGUUUAGAGCUACAUCUCAGGGAAAUCUGUUGACUGACUCUGAAAUUGCUCAAGUGGAAGCAAAGAUUUUUGAAAACAAAAGACUGAAUACAGAUUGUAGAUCUUCAGAAGAAGAAGACUCAACUUCCUUAUCCACAAAUAACCCCUCAAUCCAACUUCUUCAGAAUCUUAAUGUUACACUAGACUGUCAGAGAUCUCCAGAGACACCAAGCUGGGGGAACAUUGAAAGCAUGGGCAGAAGCUUGCAAUGCACAACUAAAUCUAAGGACACUGAACGACAAGAAGAAACUGAAUCUGUGGGUAACGAAACCGAGACAGAAUGGGAGAGAGAUUACUGGAAUGGGAACAUAUUGCCAAUUCUUAAAGACCUGGAGGCAGCAGAGCAAGAUAAAAAUGUUGAAGACCUCUGCAGCCUGUGUGUCAAAUUGCAGAAGACCCUGGAAGAUGGUAAUAUGUUGGGCAAGCGAUGCAAAUGGAGAUCUAUAAUUCUGAAGAUGAUGUACAAGCUGGUGGACAUUGGUUCUGAUAGACUUUGUCUCAACUUGGCCAAGCUAAUUUUAGCGCUGAGAGUGAGUGGCAAGAACCUUCUGAACAUCUGCAAGCUUAUAUUCAAAAUAAGCAGAAGCGAAAACAAUGACCAUCUUUUCCAAAAUGAUGACCUGAUGGGUGUAUUACUAGAGGUCCUACAGAAUGAAGAUGCCCAGGCUAACAGUGAAGCUUUCCUUUACUGUUUGGGAACUAUCAAAUUUCUGUCUGGGAAUAGAGCUCUCCUGAGCGAGUUACUUCGAAAACAAGCAGUGGAAAUUCUAUUGGAGUUAAUGAAGCAGAUCAUCCAUUUCAACGGCAGACCAGAAAUGGUUUCUGAUAUGAGCCAUCUGGUAGUACAGCUGACUGCAACAUUACGGAAUCUUGCUGAUCUUUCACAGUCCAGGCUUAAGUUCCUUGCAUGCAAUGCCUUACUUGAUUUAUGUAUUCUUAUGGAGAUAUACAUUAAUGAUAAGGACAUCUGUACAAAUGUUUCACGGAUUCUCAGCAAACUUUCUACAUACAAUGAUUGCUGUACAGCUCUAGCAGAUUGUUCCACGUAUUACUCAGUGGCCUUGGCUGUACUGAAUAAACAUCCAAAGAAACAGGACCUUGUUGUUCGGAUAGCAUUCACGCUUAACAACUUAACUGCCAAGACAAAUGCAGCCAGAGAAGACUUCUAUAAAGUAAAAGGAAGCAUUGCAACACUUAUACAUUUACUACACGUUUACUGUGAACUUGAUGUAAAGAUACAAUCAAUCAAAUCUAUUCAGAAAGAGAACGCUAAAGACCUGAAAAAAUCUUCUGAAGUUGAGGAUAUUUUGAUAAAAUUAGUAAGCUUAUUAGCCAACCUGUCUGUCCAUCCAAAUGUUGGCAAAUAUUUGGCUGCUGAUCAAAACUGUAUUUCACGAUUAAUUCAUAUUCUAGAGUACAAGUUGAUUGAUGAAUGUGAGGAACUGGUGAUCAAUACUGUAGCAACACUCAAUAAUUUAUCUUUCUAUGAAAAUGACAGCUCUACUGUUACCAAGAGGAGACUUGAGAUUUCUAAAUUGAUGUUCAAACUGCUGCUUUCAAAUAACAUGGAUGGAAUUCUUGAAGCAGCCCGAGUAUUUGGCAAUCUCUCUCACUACCAAGAUGUUCGGGACUUCAUUGUGGAGAACAGUGGUAUGUCCAAUGCCAUGCAUUGCCUAAUAUCAACAUAA